AUGUCUUUCUCCGGCCGACUACCACCGCGAGCAAAUCACCCGCCAAGACCGCCUUCGGCCUGCCCAUUCCAAUCAACCACCCUCCACUGUCCAGUCAUCAAGAUCACCUUCAACCGACCGUUCACAUCCAACGAACAACAAAUCAUGGGGAAGAAAAAACAGCAUGUUUCAUCAGGCCCUCCUUCUCAGCUUGGACGAUGCGCUAUGUACGAUCGUUGCGGAAAGAAAGGCAUAUUCGGUCAAGAGUUACCAUGUCCGGAUGAUCAACCUGCUCGGAAGACUACUCCCGAUCUUCAGUCAGCACUCGGUCGGAUUUGUGGUAGUCAAUUCACAAACUUGGAGACGGCUUGCUGUACGAAAGAUCAACUCGAAGACCUCUCGCAAUCGAUCUCACAAGCAGAACCUCUAAUCUCAUCUUGUCCGGCCUGUCGUAACAACUUUCGAGAGUUCUAUUGUCACUUUACCUGUUCACCCGACCAAGCAACUUUCCUUAACAUCACAUCAACUCAACCAGUCAAAAAUUCCAAGACUGGGAAAAUUAAUCCGGCCGUCAAAGCCGUAGAUUUUUGGGUAGACCCACGUUUCGGAAAUGCAUUCUUUGAUAGCUGCAAGGAAGUCAAGUUUGGGGCGACCAAUGGAUACGUCAUGGAUUUGAUCGGCGGUGGAGCUAAGACUUGGAAUAAGUUCUUGCAAUAUAUGGGCGAUGAAAAACCAGGACUAGGUAGCCCGUUUCAAAUCAACUUUCCAACCCACUCGGUAUCCAGCGACCCGCGAGACGAUUCUCUUCAGUUGCUCUUGAAACUAGAUUCAAGCUCAAAAACCUCUGCAGUCCCCACCAAUUCAACCCUCACCCCUCUCAACCCUGAGCCUUAUAGAUGUGACUCGACGGCCCUAGACGCUCGUUGCGCUUGUUCGGAUUGUCCUGCGGUAUGCGCCUCACUUCCACCUGCGCCGCCCUUGUUCAUUCCAACCACCCCUUCGAAUAACUGUCACAUCGGGCAGUUGAAGUGCGGAGACUUCUUUUGGAUCUUCCUGUAUUCGCUGGCUCUAUCGGGUGCUCUAAUUUAUAUCACAUGGAAAGAAGUCAUGAGGCGUCGGAAGAUUCACUUGGCUACCAGUCGGAAUGGCGAGAACUAUAGUGGGUAUGAGACACCCAGUGGAUACGAACGUGUUAGCAUGCAUGACCCUCUAGCUCCCAGUGGCUCCGAAUUAUCUGAUUCACCCGAAAGAGAACACGAAAACCCAGAUCAUCCUGGUCAAACGAUAAACCCACUGAUCGGGGCUUCCUCGAUGGCAGACGCAGAGGGGCCUGUGGCUUCCCGGUCGGUUACAUCACUAUCACCCACCAGCCAUUCAUUCUUUGCCCAUCAUCGACUCACCCGAGGCUCGUCGUUAAUGACUGACGCGGACAUACGACUUCUUGGCAUUCAACAUCAACCUCGAUCAUACCCCUUAAACGUCUUUCUCAGUCGGGUCUUUUAUCAUAUCGGAUACGCCUGCUCUUCGAAACCUUAUCUGACGAUCACCAUAGCCUUCCUCCUUUGUGGGUUCUUGAAUCUGGGAUGGUCCAAGUUCGAAGUUGAAAAGGAUCCCGUUAAACUCUGGGCUGCUUCAGGAAGUAAAAGUGCUGCUGAUAAAGUCGAUUUCGAAAGCCGAUUUGGCCCGUUUUACCGCACCGAGCAGAUCUUCCUUUCUGCCGCUCAACCUGAUCAACCCGUGCUAAACUACGAACGACUAAAAUGGAUAGCCGCUUUAGAAGAAGGCGUUCGGAAUCUUCAAUCUAAUUCAGGUCUCAGUUUGGCUUCGGUCUGUUUGGCACCUACCGCAACAUCUCAACCUCCCAAAUCAUCCUCCGAUUGUGUCGUAGAGUCAAUCAUGGGAUACUUUGGCAACUCACUCAAGGGAAUCAAUGAUCAUAACUGGUCUGACAGGUUGAAUGAGUGUGCGAGUGCUCCGGCUAGUUGUUUACCUCCCUUCGGCUCACCGCUCAAUCCCAAGAUGGUUCUUGGUGGUCUCAGAGCCUCCAAUGAUACGACCUCCGCCGAAGUGGAAGCGAGUGAAGCCAAGGCCGCCAUCAUCACGUAUGUGGUGAAUAACCACUUGGAAUCUGACGAGCUGGAACAAGUUAAGGAAUGGGAAACAACAUUGAAAGGCUUCUUGGAACAAAUUACCGCCGGAAAGUCCCAGCAAAUCAAAGAUCCUCAAAGCUUAGGAAUGAAUAUGGCUUGGUCAACAGAAAUUUCCCUUGAGGGCGAAAUCAAUAAGUCUACCAAUACCGAUUUCCCAAUCGUGGUCCUAAGCUACCUCGCCAUGUUCCUUUAUGUAGCCAUCAAUCUUGGUGGCAGUGGUAUCGUCAUUCUAUCAGCAAUCUUCCGUGGAAUCAUGACGCUGGCGAAAGUACUGAUACGUCAAGUGUACCGACUUCCAGGAAAUGACCCCAACUCGGUGUUUCCGACAGCUCAUACGCGAUCUACCUCGCUCACACGACAAUUGCUAGUCGAGUCGAAAUUCAGCCUUGCUCUUUGGAGUAUAUUGAUUGUUCUCUUGUCGGUUUCGACGUCUGUUGGAUUAUUCUCCCUCCUUGGCAUCAAAAUCACUUUGAUCAUUGCCGAAGUAAUCCCCUUUCUUGUACUAGCCAUUGGGGUCGACAACGUCUUCAUUUUGGCCAAUGAGGUUUCCCGACAAAACUCCAAGGCUUACGCCUCCCUUGCUCGUGGGGGCCUUGGCUUCAAUGGGAUGGAGGGCCUUUUGGUCAAUGAAGACGAAGAUGAUGUGGAUGGCUUACCGUCAGUCGAGAUUCGUAUCGCGCGGGCAACCAGUCGGAUGGGGCCAUCCGUCCUACUCAGUGCAUCAUGUGAGGCCCUGGCCUUUGCUCUCGGGGCGAUCGUUGGAAUGCCGGCCGUCCGAAACUUUGCAAUCUACGCAGCCGGUGCUGUGAUCAUUAAUACCCUUCUCCAAAUGACGGUCUUUGUUAGCGCAAUGGCCAUUGACCUGCACAGGAUGGAGCUUAACAAAAUGGACUGCCUUCCGUGUAUCCAUGUAGCGACUUCGACUUCUCUUUCCGAUCUGGCGACCGCAUCUGGAGAAGGGGACUUGGCUCGCUUCUUCCGCACAAUAUACAUGCCAUUUUUGAUGAAAAGAAAAAUAAAGAUUCUGGUGCUCAGUGUAUUUUCGGGCAUAUUUGUCUUCUCAGCUCUUUGUUCCAAAAGAAUAGAACUUGGCCUAGACCAACGAUUGGCAUUGCCCCGGGAUUCACAUUUGGUGGAUUACUUCAACGCUCUAGAUGAAUUCUUUGAGAUUGGUCCCCCGGUUUACUUUGUAGCUCAAGAUGUCGACCCAAGAACGCGAGAUGGUCAGCAAACCCUCUGUGGCCGUUUCUCUACUUGCCAAGCCCUAUCACUGGCCAACGUCCUGGAAGCAGAGCGGAAGCGACCGGAAUCGUCUUUCAUAGCUCAGCCGUCGGCGGUUUGGAUUGACGACUUCCUUCACUGGCUUAAUCCAACCCUAGAAUCUUGUUGCAGAGUGAGGAAGACAAAUCCAGAAGUAUUCUGUACCGACAGAGAUCGAGACAGAGAUUGUCAGCCAUGUUUCCAAGGUAAACAACCACCUUGGAAUAUCACCAUGACCGGCUUGCCUGAGGGACACAAUUUUAUGAAAUAUCUUCAACACUGGUUGGACUCCCCUACGACUGAUGCGUGUCCGUUGGGAGGCAAGGCCUCAUAUUACAAUGCCAUCGACCUUUCAAAGGGCAAUGAUAGUGUCCAGGCUUCUCACUUUCGUACAUACCAUACUCCCUUGAAACAACAGUCAGACUACAUCAACGCCAUGACUUCCGCCAUCAGGAUCUCAGAAGACUUAUCCAAACGAACCGGAGGGAAGGUUUAUCCAUACUCGAUCUUUUAUGUAUUUUUUGAACAAUACGCCCGGAUCUUGACGACCUCUAAGGAAGUCAUCUUACUUGCCCUGUCGGCCGUCUUCAUAGUUUCUAGCAUCCUCUUGGGAUCCUGGCAAACGGGAGGGAUCAUGUGCAUCAACGUCUUCAUGAUCAUUGCAAACAUGAUCGGAGGGAUGGCCGUAUGGAAAGUCGACUUGAAUGCAAUCAGCUUAGUCAACUUGGUCAUUGGUGUCGGGAUCGGUGUGGAAUUCUGUUCGCAUAUCGUUAGAGCUUUCACUGGUGCUAACGGUGGUGGAUUGCCCAAAAGACACCACCUUGCUCAAAGGGAUAGGGACGAAAGGAUCACGAUUGCUAUGAGCGAAGUCGGGUCAUCUGUCUUUGCUGGCAUUUUUUCAACUAAAAUAAUUGGGAUUGCUGUUUUGGGUUUGACAAAGUCUAAAUUAUUAGAGACAUAUUUCUUCAAGAUGUGGCUGAUACUCAUAAUUUCAGGGGGAUUACAUGGAUUAAUACUUCUACCAGUAAUGUUGUCUUACUUUGGAGAUCAAGGAUUUGAAUUAGAUGAUGAUCAAGACCUAGGUAAUUUAGUUCAGGCCCGGUAUGAGGUCGAACAGCAACAACGAAACAACUUCUUGAAUGAUGAUGAUGAUGAUAAUUAAUAUUGUCUCAAUCAACUCAUGUUGCCCUACCCUUCACCAAAAAUUAAAUCAAUAACAAAUAACAAAUAAACAUAAACACAAACAUAACAAGAAAUAAUAAUUUUGAAUCAUUUUCAUUUCUGUUGUAAAAGUCUUGAUUGUAUGGCAUUGAUUUUUCUUUGAUUUGCAUUUCUACCAUUGUAUAACAUAUAAUGAUAUGCCUCACCUUGUAUGG